AGAGCAGCAAUCAUUACAUAGGCUCAAGGAGUAUACUAAAUUGCAGAAUGGAACUCAUUUUACUCAAGAUAUUUCUCGUGAACCUGGGCAUGUGCCUAGGUUUUUCAUUGAUCACUUUUGGCAUUAUGUAUUUCUUCUUCCCUUCAAUACUGCUCAGGCUGUCAAGCUGGUUCACAUAUCAUGCAUAUGGAUUAAAGAAGAACUAUGCUGAACACGAGGGCUACAGGUUCUCUUACUACUCCCAAGGGAAGCCUAGUUCUGAGCCAUCCAUCCUCUUGCUGCACGGCUUCUCACUCAGCAAGAACAUGUGGCUACUUAGCAUUCCAUUCUUUCCUAAAGCUACCCACAUGAUCUUCGUGGACUUGCCUGGACAUGGGGAAACGUCUUGUAUGCCAGGAGAUAGCUACAGCGCAGUUGAUCAAGCUAAAAGAUUACGCCAGUUUGUCGAGUGUACUGGUCUGUACAGAACGCCUUUCCACCUAGCUGGCAUCUCCAUGGGUGGAAUGGUUGCUGGGGUUUAUGCUGCUCUCUAUCCAUCAGACCUCUGCGCCUUGUCCCUCCUUUGCCCAGCUGGUUUGAAGUAUCCAGAAGAUAAUGAAUUCACUAAGAACUUGAAGGAGUUACAGAAAAGUCAGAGACUUGCCAACAAGAAUCCUCUAGUGCCUUUGAAUAUGAAGGAGGGAGAACACCUUUUUAAAAUUGGUGUUUUUUCUGCAAAAGUACCCCGUCAGAUUAUCAAGGGACUUCUCAAACUUCAUGAACAUGACAACAAAUUUUACUCAAAAUGUUUUAUAGACUUGGCCAAAGGGGAGAACAUGUACCACCUUCAUGACAACAUGAGCAAGAUCAGAACUCCAACACAGGUCAUCUGGGGAAAGAAUGACACUAUAUUGGAUCCAUCUGGGGCAGAAAUUUUAGCCAGUGCAAUUCCUGGUACCCAAGUGCAUAUGUUGGAUAAAUGUGGACAUUUCAUACUAGCAGAUUUGCCAAAAAUACCCAUAGACCUUAUCAUGGACUUCCACACUUCAAUUUGGUACAUGAUGAAUAAGAAACUGGAAUAA